AUGACUGGAAGACGAAAUUACUUCCUGGCUGAUAUACGAGGAGACAUCGAGAGUCCGGGGUUUCCCAAGCUAUAUCCAGACAAUUACAACGCUACCUACAUUAUUUUUUCAAUUCACACAUUUAUUCACUUGCAGUUUCAGUCUUUCAAUUUAGAAUCGUCGUAUAGAGGCAUGUGUUUUGAUGCUGUAUCUGUGAUAUCGGAUAAAACCGACAUUUUAUGUGGUGCUUUCCAGACCGAAGAAUUAGAAACAUUGUACUUCGUAUCAGUUACGGGUAAACUAGCUGUAACAUUUUCUACUGACAAUAAAAUUGGACACAGUGGAUUCCGAUUUAUUUACUUCACUGUAGACAAACAUGAAUGCAACAAAACGUUGACACUUACCAACGACAACAUUACCAGUAUUGCCUACCCAAAGCUUUACUUUCCAUGGAUGUAUUGUGUAAUUAGUAUCCGUUUACCAUCCGAGUUUCGUAUUCAAUUGACUAUAAAAGACAUGGAUAUUCCAAUGAAAACAAACGGAGAGUGCUUAAAUGACAGUUUACAAAUUAUUUCAGGAAAUAGUACUGAUACAUUGUGUGGUAAUUCAUCCGAAUAUUCGUCUGAACAAUUGUUUUAUCAGUCUUCACUUUCAGAAGUGGAUAUAAUUUUCACUUCAGACUAUUUACACGAAGGUAGAGGAUUUUGGAUUGAAUAUUCCAGUCAUGUUCCUUGCUCAAACAAAACUUUUGUAAACACUUCAGGUAAUGUUUAUAGUGAUAACUAUCCGAAUAAGUACUCUAACAACCAGGACUGUUUUUACAUUAUUCAAUUAUCCGAAACAAAUGGUCUUUUAGAACUUGUUUUUGAAUCGUUCUAUACAGAAGCCGUCAAUGAUGCCUUUCUCAGAGGAGAUCUAUGCAAUUUAGACUAUUUGGAAAUACACAUAGAUGAUAAAGUAGAACGAAUAUGUGAAUAUUCGUUUGAAAUCGUGCGAAAUCCUUUGACGUGGGAAGAAAGCCAAAAUGACUGCCAACAUAAAGGGGGGUUUCUUGUAGCUAUCACUGAUAUUGACACCCAAUUGAUGUUAGAAAAAUAUUUAAUUCAAAGCCAAAACUGUACAUUAGAAUUGGAUGCAUUUUGGAUUGGUGCCAAUGAUGCCCUUACUGAAAAUCAUUUUCAAUGGGUAAAUGGACACCCUGUUGAAUUCGAAUAUUGGUUUCCGGGUUGGCAUGGAAACGGACACUUAAAUAAACAACCAAGUGAUGAUGGCUUUUCAGAGGAGGACUGUGUUGAAAUUCGACGUACAUUCCAUAACUUAAAUAAAGGUACAUCAGUAGCUGAACAUUUCUUUUGGAAUGACAGAAAAUGUACCACCAGGAAUCCGUAUAUUUGUCAAAUAAGCAAAUUCGACGAUAACCAGUCAACUGUUCUUCCACCUACAGUACAGAGUUACAUGUUCUAUCUGAAUUCAAGUCAACCAGAUGUCAUGAUAGAAAGCCCUGGGUUUCCUGAACAUUAUCCUAUGCUAUCCGAUAUCAAUUAUACCAUUAUAGUACCUACUGGUUACAAUGUUGCUGUUAGGUUUAACCACUUCAAUAUAGAAUCGUCAGACUCAUGCAUCUACGAUAAUUUGACAUUAGCCUCUGUUGUCAGGACUGAAGAACAUAAAACAACAUGUGGUGACUGGAAUACGAAAUUAAAGAAAAUGACUUGGGUAUCUGAAACAAACAUAGCAGUCCUACGCUUUAGAUCAGAUAAAUCUAUAUAUAGGUCCGGAUUCUCUCUGACAGCUUCAAUUUACAAGUGUGACACGUGUGAAGUGAUGCAAUUAAUCCCAGCAAGAGGAAAAGGUCAACCAAUUAUAUCUGUUCAAAGUGUUCAAUGUGAAAUAAAAGCAUCAUUUGUCUGUGUUUUGUACAUUCCUGAAACAAAAAUUCAGGAAACAACUGUUAAUUGUACGUCAUAUACUGGUGAAAUAUCAAUGAUAAAAGAUGAUAGUAUUCAUUAUGACAACAAUCGUAUUAGACAGUUCCAAUUUCAAGCUCCAAAAUAUCACCGUAUUGUAUUAGAAAUAACAUUUUUAGAUUUAGAAUUUCAAUCAGAUUGUUUAUAUGAUGCUCUGAUAUUUAGAGGUUUCAAAAAUGAUUAUUCUCCUACGCCAACCAUUGUUGCAGCAAAACAGCUACAACCAAAUUCAAGUGGAGAGAUUGUAAGCCCGCAUUAUCCUGACUUUCCACCACUUAAAAUCGUUCAGAUUACAAGUUUAGCUGCCCCCAUUGGUUACCGGAUAGAUUUAAAUAUGUCUACCUAUGUUUCAAAAGUGAAUGGAAACUGUCGAAAUUGCAGUUUUUAUGAGAAACCUCUUAUUAGUACACAGUCAAAACGAACACUAAUGGACGAGCCUAUUUGGAUAGGGAUGAUAACAGUUCUGAUUUUAUUAAUUCUAUUCGGACUGCUUCUUUUAACUAGACGUAGAUGUAGUAGAUACUUCAAGUGUUGCGAAGAUACAGAUGAAAUUCUCAAAAAACAAGCAGAGAAUGCUAUACCUGCGCACAAAAAUUAUACUCCGUCCACACAAGGAACCCCAACAGGGACCAGCACAUCAGCAUUGAAAUUUAAAUUUGAAGAAGAAGAUUCGUCUAACUUCUUAAAAGUAGAGUCACAGAAUGACAUGGAGCCAUUUCAUACACCUCCAAUUGACGUGGAAAAUUUUGGAGCUGCAGUCCGACUUUUUGAUGCCUAUAACAGUAAAUCUGAGAAACGAUGCGCUGAAAAACAGCUAUCAAUAUUAGGAUAUGAAAAUCAACAAUCAUCUGGAAUUGUGGACGGAACACUACAAUUUCUGCAGCUUGAUACUGAAGUUUUGUCAUCGGAUAAUGAAACAUAUUCGAAGUUUAUGCCAUUUUCCAAUCCAGAAUUGCGAAAAUCACUUUCAUCGUUACCAGUUUCACAAAAAGAACGCACCUCAACAUUUGUGAAAUCGAAUUCAGUACAAGCAGAUUUUAGUAGUGUGACUCACUGUUAUCCUCAUAUAGUUAUUGUGAAUGAUACUAGUUAUGAAAAUUUAGAUGAUGCCGAGAAUGACGACAUUCCUAAAUUGACUAGAGAACGAAAAAAAUCUAUACAGAGACAAAAGACCUUAGACGAUCUUGAUGCUCAGAGGAAAAGAGAAGUAUUUGCAUCGAAAUCAAAAACUUCAAGUACAAUGCUUGAUAUACCACCGUUUGAGUCGCAUUUGGCACAGAGAAGAAUUAAGUGCAAUCACGAGUUGGCGAGAAGAUCUCCAAGCAUUACACCUACGUCAUUUGAAUCAGACCCUUCCUACCGUUACAACAGAAGAUAUAGAAUAAAAUCCGGAGCAGAUUCCUCAGAGGAUGAAAUAGAUCGAUUUAUGAAUAGAUCAUUUUGCUCGCAACCGGAUCGAUUACAAGAAACGGUAAAUGAAUGUAAAUGCUGUGGAAUCGAAAGAGUGCGACCAAAAAGGCCUAAAUAUUUAAGGAUGUCCCGUAAAAAAUCACAGCAACAUAUUCACAGUGUUACGUCAGACAGGUCAAGUAGUUGUGAAAAGAGACGACAUCGACGUCAUCCAAGAGUUUCUAGUUUGAAUGACGUUGGAUAUCACAAAAGAGAUCAUGUUUCAAGACAUGCGUUAUCGAUUCCUUAUGAAAAUUCAGAGUCUGCUAAAAGGGUUUCUUUACAUAUCAUGGAAGAAAAUCAAAUAGACAACGAUGAAUAUCGUAAGAUGCCUGUUAGAAAAUCAAGAAGUAAUGAUCUUAAUUUGAACAAAACCCCUAGUGCUAACCAAGUUUCAGAUGAUGGAUCACCUUUCAGAAAACGUAGCCAUUCAUUUCAUUCAGAAACAUCAGAUACAAAAAAAACUCAUAAUCCAGAUGAUCUUUUAAAUAACGAUCAGAAAUCUGGUCCGUCAUUUUAUCUAGGAAAUGAAAAUCAAGAACAAGAAAAGUCUAAAACGUUAGAACAUUCCACAACAGACCUGGCAGUAGUGUCUACUUCCUCAGCGUUAAGUGUAACCGACACAGAUACUGGUUUCUCGUCAUCGUCACCAUGGCGGGAAACCACAGACGAGAAUGUCGCUGAAAAACUUAGAAUUCACAGCCUAAAAGAUUCAGCAUAUCAAACAAAGCAGUCAUCUGUCGAACGACAUCCAUACGAAGGUCCUAAAAAUUCUUACGAAAAUCCUGAAGAUAUGAAGAUAAACGAGUGA